AUGUUGGAUAUCGUCAAUCACGUCGGACCAAGGAGGACUAUCGUUCAGCAGUUGGCGCAAAGAGGCGUGGCUGCGGAAGAUGUCGAUACUGUCUUGUUCAGCCACGCUCAUUGGGAUCAUUCGAGGCCUAUCAGCGGUUUAUUCCCAAAUGCGAUAGCGUAUUUUGGUCCCGGCACGAGAGCAGCAUGUCAGCCAGGGCAUAUGAGAGAUCAAAUCCUACAGUGGGACGGCCGCUUCUUUGAUCCGGAGAACUCGACAGAAAAAUGGGAUGAGCUACAUGGCGUGUGGAAGCCCUUUGGCCCGUUCAAAAGAGCACUGGACUACUUUGGAGACGGCAGUUUCUGGAUCCUCGAUGCACCUGGCCAUAUGCCUGGUAACUUGGCUGCUGCUGCAAGAAUGCAAGAUGGCGAGUGGGUAAUACUUGGCAGCGAUUGCUGUCAUUCGCGGGAUUUGCUGGACGGCACGCGAACAAUUGCGGAGUUCCAAGGCCCAGGGGCAGUGAGCAUGUCACUGCAUACAGACCUUUCUUCAGCGAAAGAAACCAUCGCUAAGAUAGGACUGCUUGAAACCAAUUUCGGUGCUCAUACAGCGCUCGCACACGAUGCUAGCUGGCUGAAGAAGGGCACGGACCAGGUGCUCAUGUCAUUGCUGGACGACGAGAUGCGAGUUGCAGCACAGGAAAAGAUACCGUAUGAUGAGAUACCGUAG